AUGUUUGGUGCCGCUUACAAUCGCUCUGGAUCUCAAGCUGGAUCCUCAGCUCCCUCACACUUCAAGGACUUGGCCAGAAAUGCCAUUUAUCAGGAGUUACCCUCUGUUGGAGGAAGCAAUGGCCUGACCGCAACGUCCAUAAGAUCAACACCCACAUACCUCCAUAACCAUAAGAAGUUACUUUCCCACUCAUCAUACCGGUCUCUGGCAUCCUCAGUGUUCUCAACCUCCAAAAGAUCAGUACGGUCUGCCCCGCUGAUAUACUCUAAUUCCACAGCUACCAUUCCCGAGGACUCGGAGCCUCUCACCACCACGGUGGAGCAGUUGAUCAACGACAUUGUGUUGCAUGAAAACGUCAUACAAGAACAGCAGAUUCAGAAGCUGAAGUAUAUGAAGAACUUCAGUUCCGGCGCAGGCGCUGGCGCUGGCGCCAACGGUGUAUUCAACUCGGCCAAUAACGAAGGUGGUGACGCUGAAGUAGAUGUGGACUUGUAUAGAAUCUCGCUCGGGUCCAACCUCCAGUACCAGAACGUUCCAGAGUCGCUCAUAGAUUGGAACUUAAACGUUACCCGUUGCAAGCUUAUGCUCAUCCAUCUCCCCACCAUAUCGUCUGUUCCAGACUUCAAAUACACUGGAGCGGUUCCACAGCUCGUGGGUGAACUCGCCUACGUGUGCCACAUCACGCUCAUACUGCCGCACAUUUCUGACAAAGAGCUCAUAUACACUCUUAUCACGUCCAACUUGUACCAAGAGCACGACUUGGAUGCUAAAUUCAAGAAAUCCGUAGCGGAGAUCUCGGUGAAGCAGUCUAGACUUCUCCAGAUUAACUCGCCCAAGAAGUCCCUGAACAACUUGCUGUUGCCUAUAACUUCCAUCGACAAUCAGACCAAUUUAAGAUUGGAAUUCAAGGAAAUCGCUCUUAGAAACUACUUGAUAAACUUGGCUGCUGCCGCAACCACCGCCCACGAAUACAAAAUCAAGUCAGACGAGUUGAAGAAAAUCUUGAGAGCUGGAGAUAACGGAUCCAAGAAGAGUAAGUUGCCCAAAGAUGAAAAGAAGAGACUUUGGGAAAGUGUCAGGCUGGAUGUUUUCAAAAGAGCUGGUCUUGAAACGUAA